AUGUACAAGUUAGAAAAUAACGAAGAUGAAGAUGAAACGAAUAAUUCUGUUUCUCUAACGAGCCUUUUGGAAUUUCUCGACCCAAUAGCUUCAAAAGUAGUUUCAAAAUAUUAUCAUGGUUCUAAUCUUUCAAAAGCGGAACAAAAAUUACGAAACUUUGAAGGGUUUAGAAGACGUAAACCCCACUAUGACCACGGCAAUCACCUUCACCACCUGAAUAGAAGUCGUUCUUUUUUGCAGUUAGAAGAUUUUAAGGUAAGAGCCCUACAAAGAAUUAAAAAUUUAGACAAACCCUUAGAUACCAUUUUUUUCAAAAACAGCUCGAGGUUGGAAAAAGCAUUCUACCCUUUCACACUGUUCAACAUACUUUUCAUUGGAUUCUUGAUGGGAAGGUUCCCAGAAUGGUUUCACGUUUAUUACACUAUUCUUUUUUUUGUUCUAAUGCCCAUACGUUUUUAUACAUAUUAUAAAACCAAGAAUCACUAUUUUUUGGCGGAUUUGUGUUAUUUUGUGAAUAUACUAUGCCUAUUGUUCAUUUGGGUUUUCCCACAUUCAUCAAGCCUUUUCCAAUCAUGCUUUGCAUUUACUUUCGGCACGCUAAGUUUUGCAGUCAUCACUUGGAGAAAUUCUUUGGUAAUACAUUCUAUUGAUAAAACCACUUCAUGUUUUAUUCACAUAAUACCACCUUGUGUCAUGUAUGUCAUUUAUCAUGGAUUACCGUCCGAAUACAAAAUUGAAAGAUUUCCAGGGGCAAUUAUUCAAAGUGAAUUGGACAUCAAAAAAAAUAUUCUUUGGACAUCCCUUUAUUAUUUGAUUUGGCAAUCUUUAUACCAUUACUUCAUUACCUUGAAAAAAUCUAGCAAAAUCAAAGCCGGCGAAAGAAUGACAAGUUUUGAAUACUUAACGACGCACCAAUUUAAAAACUUUUGGGCAGUGAAAUUGAGAUCUCCUUGGCCGAUGGUAAUUUAUACACUUUCUCAGUAUUUUUACCAACUGUUCACUAUGCUACUGUGUGGUAUAUGGAUUCGCUACAAGCUAGCUGCGGCCCUGUUUCUAACCAUUGUAUUUUUAUGGGCAUCUCACAAUGGAGCUACCUAUUAUAUUGAUCACUACGGGAAAAAUUUUGAAAAGGAAGUUGACAGGUUACGUCUUGAAGUUGAGAAUUUACAGCAAAAGUUGCAACCUGAAUCGGAUGUAACAGUAUCGGAUGCAUCGGUGAAUAAUAAAGACUACUUGACUGUUAAUCAUGAUGAAGAUUUUGACGAAUCAUCGAGUGUAUCCUCAAAGAGUAUUUGA